AUGCAGGUUGUGCUGCAGUGUAUACUAGAAGGAACGCAUGCGUUGAUAGACAGCCCCACAGGCACGGGUAAAACUCUUUGUCUUGUGUCUGCUGCUCUGGCGGUGCAGCAGCAGCAGCAGCAGCUGCUGCAGCAGCAAAUUCUUAAAAUAAAUAACUGCAGCAGCAACUUGCUGCUAACACCACAAAAAGGAAACUUACAGCACCACAAACUGCAGCAGCUCCUGCUGCUGCAGCAGCAGCAGCAGCAGCAGCAGCAGCAGAUACCUAUCGUUAAUAAAAUUAUAUACACCUCACGUACACACGGUCAGCUGCAGCAGGUGUUGAGAGAAAUAAAAAAAACUUCUUUUGCUGCGCCCUGGAAACACAACCAGUUCCUGCAGCAGCAGCAGCAGCUGCAGCAGCAGCAGCAGCAGCAGCAGCAGCAGCAGCAGCAGCAGCAAGAUAUAAUGAAACCACAAUAUAAAACAGAACACAAAAAAUCCUCUUCUGUUGUGGGGUGGAGUGCCCUGGCAACUCCUGCUGCUGCUGCUCCUGCUGCUGCUCCUGCUGCUGCUGCUGAUGCUGCUGCUGCUGCUACUGCAGGUCCAGCAGUGAAGAGAGACCCAGCAGCAGCAACAGCAGCAGCAGCAGCAACAGCAGCAGGAGGUGCAGCAGCAGCACAAGUAAAAUCUGAACCAUCAGCAGCACCACCAGCAGCACCACCAGCACCACCAGCAGCAGCAGCACCAGCAGCAGCAGCAGCAGCAGCAGCAGCAGGGGUGUCUAGAGGAAUUCGUGUUUGUGUGUUAGCUUCGCGCGAGCAGCUGUGCGUACACCCCGCGGUGAAGCACCUGAAGGGUGGGGCUUUGGUUGCUGCAUGCAAACACAGAAUCAAAACACAGGUAGCUGAGGAUUCUUGGUCGUUUACUCUUCGCCAGGUGGACGUGGGUAGGGCUUUGUCUGCGCUGCAGCAGGUUGCUGCUCUUCUCUGUGACGAAGCAGCAGCAGCAGCAGCAGCAGCAGCAGCAGCAGCAGCAGGAGCAGCAGCAGCAGCAGCAGAGCCAGAUACACCCCCACCCAGCCCCGCAGCUGUCUAUACACUCGGAGAAAGCCUACAAAGGCUAGACAAGUGGCUAGCUGAUGUAAGACAAUACACGCAUGCAGCAGCAGCAGCAGCAGCAGCAGCAACAGCAGCAGCAGCAGCAGCAGCAGCAACACCAGUAGAUGCAGCAGGAGUAGCAGCAGCAGAUCAGCAGCAACAGCAGCAGUAUCGGUAG